AUGUUGAAAUUGCAAAUAGCGAACGCUCAGGAUAGGAAGGAAGCUCAAAAUAGAGAAAGAAGAAGACAAUGCGAGUUAGAGAGAAGAUCACGCAUAUUCAAUGCAAGAAACAGAAAGAUUGGUGUGGAUCUACCAUUCCUGGAGCGUCAGGUGGCUGAGAAGAAAGCUGAACGUCAGGAACAAGAACGAAAAAACCUGGCGUUUGCGCAACAGAUGAUUAAAGACAGUAACCUCGCUGUAGUACUCGAGGCUAGGGAGAAAGAAGAGCGUCGUCGUAUAGGCGUGGAGAUAGACGAGUUUCGUCAGAAGUAUCAAAGAAAGGAAGAUACUAGAGAGUUCGACCUGAACAAUCCCAAUGUAUUGAAGAUGCAGCUCCCGCCGCGGGCUUCCGAUGGAGAGCCUGUUGGAUUAUCUAGUGCACAGAAAUUUGAAGGAGAGGAUCUUGAAUUUGAGGAGAGAAAGAAGAUGAUGGCAGCUCAAAAGAACGCUUGGCUGGAGCAACAAGUACAGGAAAGAAAGGCUGCGGAGGAAGAGAGAAAUAAGGCGGAAGCUGCUUAUAUGAUGGCAAUCAAAGCAAGAGACGCUCGUGCUGGUGAAUUGGACAAGUUGGAACGGGAAUGUCGAUACAGAUUAGGUCAAGCCAACUUGAGAUACAAUGAAGCAUUGGCAGCUGAGAAGAAACAAUUGGAGCAGAUCAUGAAGGAACAGGAGGAAGCAGACAACGCGGCCGAGAUGUACAAUAAUCUGACAUCAGAUAUGUUGACUGAAAACCCAGAUGUAGCGAAGAGCGCCCUUGGAAAGAAUAGAGCAAUCGGUUUCAUGUAUAAAGGUAUGAACCAGGAAGAAUUGAAAAAGUUCUACGCAGCACAGAAGGAACAAAUGGCUGCUGCUAAGGCAAAACGAGAAGGAGAGGAAAAAAUGGAGGCUGAGUGGCAGGCUCUGGCUAAAUCAAUACAGAGAGAAGUGGCGAGACUUGAUAUAGAAGAUCAAAGGAAGAGAAGAGAUAUAGCGAGACAGUUGAUGGAAGAAAACCAACUAAUGGCGCUACAACAGAAGGAGAAAGAAAAGUACUUCAAGGAAGUAGUUUAUAAUAACACGCCUACUGACGACUACUACGCGCAGUUCAAUACUACUACUAGAUAA